GUUGUGUCGGCCAUUUGAUUAUUAUUAAGCCAGCGAGGUGUCCCGGUCAUGUUCUGGCUUUAGCCCCGAGCGGCGUGCUCAAUGAAUUAGGGGUGAGAGUUGUCGCCUUCAGGUGUAGCUUGUGAACCUCUACAGCAAUAUAUAGCAGGCGAUGAUAAAUUAUACCCGACAAGUGAUAUCGAAUGCCCUGCGGCGACAACGCCCCAGAGGAGACCCGAAUCUUAGGCAGCUGGCAUACGCUCAUUACUCCAGGUACAUCGCUGCCCUGGCACGACCUCUUUGGUUUGGCUGCGCCGAGACCGGCCGAGCCAAGCAUUCAACAUCACGGGAAACGAAGGGUAGAAUUGGCGCCUACUAUAUAUUAUUAGAACAUCAAGUCUGCUUAGAGCUGCUAGAACGGGGAACAGUUGCUGUAUUUGAGUUGAGCUCUGCAGUACUGGGUUACACCUAAGGGUGUUCAAACAAGCUUGGAGAGGGGAUAUUAAUGACGCGCCGCAGCACCGCCGAGCUGCAGCGCAACUCCAUCGUGGCCGUUUUCCUGCGCAUGAUCGAGUACUACGAGGGCAUGCUUUUUCUCACCACCAACCGGGUCACCGACCUCGACCCCGCCUUCUACAACCGCAUCCACGUCGCGAUCCAGUACGCGAACCUGGGCCCGGAGGAGCGCCGCAACAUCUGGAGGCAGCACCUCGCCCGCGCGGCCAAGGGCAACCGGAACCCCCGGCUCUGGAACGAGGGCGUCUACCGCCUCCUGGGCGAGAUUGCGACCAACGGCCGCGACAUCCGCAACGCCACCCGCACGGCCGCCAGCAUUGCCCGGUCCAUGGACAGGGACCUAGACAUUACCCACGUCGUCGCCGUGAUGCGCAACAACUUCAGCGGGGAUCGCGACUUUACAGACAGCGGGGCUCACGACGGGCCUAAGGACCUGAAGGUUUCUGCUAAGGACCUGGAACAGGUGUUUGGGGAGCUGAUGAAGGUUCAUAAACAGCUGGAGGGCAGUGAUAACACGACUGCUUGACCAGGUAGGUUUACAACAUGGGGCAUCAAGGUAGCUUACUUACUG